AUUGUUGAUUUUCUCUGUAUUUUUGCAAAUUUCCCAUUAAUUUUCUUGACCGCAAACAACAAAAGUGUGACUAUUUUUUAGAACCAUUCGACUUCAAAUCAAGUCAACAUUUUUUUGUGUGUGUGUUCAGAUAGAAAGUGCCACCAAGUAAAUACAUAUUUAAAAAAAAAAAACAACAACAGAGGGUUAAUAUAGAAUAUCACAACCAAAUCAACAAAUAUAUCACAAGACUCAAUCAAAUUUGGAGAAGAACAUUUUAACCAUAAAACUGAAUAUAUGUCAAAUCGGAGCAAAAAGAAAACAAAGAGGAUGAACAAUAACAACUAUGUCAAAUGGAUCCGAUACAAAAUGUCUUAAUUUAUUCAUGAGGAUUAUCUGUGCUAUGUUGUGCUCCAUUUUAUUGAGCACAAUGAAGUUGAGGUGGCACCAUCCAAAUGGUUGGAGUGGGUUAAUGAGGAUCUGUAUUGCUACUGGCCUCGCUCAAAUGCUGGUGUCAUGGUCAAAAAACGUGCCAUACCAGACAAGCAGCUGUGGGCUAAAUAUGCUGUCAGAAUAUUUUCUGACACAGAUAGUUAUGAUCUGGCAAGAUUACGGGCACGAAAAGCUCAAGAAACCUCACAUGUUGAAGACUCUGAUGGGAAUGGGGGGAGAAAAGUCAUUCCUCCAAUACGAUUUAGAGAGGAAGAAGUCCAGCCCAGCCAGCCCAGAUGGGCAAAACAGUCUCAAAGAUAUCAUGAGAACAGCGAGUCAUCUGAAGUUCCUUCUGCUUUGAUAACCCAUUCAAACAGUAACCAGUCCACUUCCACAAACUGUGUUCAAGUUUCUCCUGCUUCAACAUUUCAACCAGACCCUGACCAGUCUAGUUCCUUUCAAGAAAUGGCUAAGUUAUUCGAGGGUAUGGAGAGGCGAGUUCUCCUAAAACUGGACCAAAUCCAUGCAGAUAUUAAAGCAGCAAUACAGCAAACAGUGAACCAGCCAAGCACCUCUGCUGCUGCUGAUGUAACUGAGGUGCUUGCGGAGCCAUGCGGGACAGUGGAAGAACUGGAAGAGCUGUCCAAUAAGCUGAAAGAUAUUGACUUCCGCAGAAAGAUUAUUCGGUACCUUUGUCUUCUGAGUGGAGGAAGUUUGGGCGACAGCAUAAGGAGAAUGCUCAGCAAAAUUGGAGAAAACUCCCUAUGGGCUAAAUACAGCUAUAAAGGGAGGAAAGGAAAGCGCCCAUUUCAGCAUCUACUGAUUAAUGAUGUCAUCAUACGUGCCUGCAGUAAAGUGUACCCACAGCAGAAAUCGCAACAGGUAGAGGAGAUGAUUGCGGUGACCCUGAAGCACGCUCCACAUCGUGAAAAAGCAAAAACAAAUGCUCAGAUUCCAAACAUACGGGUGGAAGCGGAAGCUGACCUGGAGAACUAACACGCAACAGCUGGAACACACGACACACACACACACACA